AUGGAUGCCAGGCAUGAUCUCCCCGAAGUACCUCGGUCUGAGCCCGUCUUUCCUCCAACAUCACAGGAGCUUCCCUCCUCGCCGCCCUCGAUAGCGUCCGAUGUUGGCUACCGACGCAAACCCAAGAAGCCUCCCCCGGUCACUCCACGAUCAUUCCGACGGUUUUUUACGCCUCGCUCCAUGCUGGAUGGAGGGAACAGUGCAAGCUCAGUGAGAACCAAUCGUCAGGCUUUGAAAGCCCUCAGCUCCCCUGCCGUCAAUCGCCUGGGGCCCGCCUUUACAAGGACAUCCAAAGCUGUUGAACAUAGACCAGAAGCACCCGACUUCACACGAACACCGACCCGGAAACGGAAGCUUUCGUUCUCUUCAAUUGGUUCUCCGUUGCAGUCUUCGCCGCUUAAAAAGGUCCAGGUUCGCCAUGCAGCCCAGAAUGACGAAGAAGUAGCUGUACCAGUUCGAGACAUCCAGCUCAAGAUUGAAUCGAGGGUUGAUGAUGUCAAGCCAACUGCUGUCACAAAACCUACUCGACAGGUUCUGCCAGUCCGUCGGUCGCAGGCCUUGCAAUCGUCGGGAACGCUGUAUAUGCGAAGCCUUUCGGGGUCUCGGGCGAAUAGAGUGACUAUACGGUCUAAUUCAGGAGCUGUCCUUGAAGGCUGGCAGGACCUGACGUCAAACUUCUAUUCACGACCAAAUGAUAGCCACAACUGCGCCAAUAUUUCUGGUGACCGCUACGUCUUGCCGUUCUGCACGGCUUCAUGCAAUACCAAUAGUCUUAUUGCAGUAGGAGAUGAGGAGGGAGGCAUUCGAUUGUUAGAUUCUGCCAAAGACGACAAGAGCGGCUUUUCUCGAGCAUACCUUACGUUCCGCCCGCAUACGAAUUCGAUCAUGGACCUGCAGUUUUCGUCCGAUGAUAUGCUACUUGCAACAGCCUCUGGAGACCAAACAGCACUAGUCAUCGACAUGGCCACUCAGACGCCGGUAUAUUGCCUAUCCAACCAUGUGUCCUCCGUCAAGCAGGUUCAGUUCCAACCAGCGGCCAACAACAAAGUCCUUGCGACCUGCAGUCGUGAUGGCAAUGUCAACAUAUGGGAUCUCCGAUGCAAAGGAUUUGACAGACCUAGUCUGCAGGCGCGGUGCUCGCUUGAAUCUGACGCAGAAUCGACUGCUGGCUCCAUCACCUCCAAGACCGCCUUUCCUCAGGUAUUGAGUACUAUUCACGGCGCUCAUGCAUGGACGUCGCAAACAGGCGUGUCACCAGAGAAAAUGGAACCUCAAGUUCGCCGUUCAGACAUUACCGUAACCUCUUUGGCCUUCCUUCCGCAAGGUCGCGAGAACCUUUUUGUCACAGCUUCGAGUACGAACUCCUGCGUGAGGUUGUGGGAUCUGCGUACAGCACACAACAACCGUCGUGGCCGUCCAGUUCUUCCUCUGGCUACCACCAGACAGCCAGAUAGCCACAUCAAAUACCGGGGCUUUGCCGUCACGUCAAUGGCCUUGGGCGGAGAUGGUGCAAGACUAUACACGCUGUGUCGGGAUGGCACUGUGUACACCUACUCAACGUCACAUCUGGUCCUGGGAAGUGCCCCCGAGCUCUCUCUGAACAACAACCGACCACGUCGCACCGGUGGGUCUGACAAGGAAGGGCUGGGGCCUCUAUAUGGCUUCCGUCAUCCACGUCUUCAGGUUGCAACCUUCUAUGUUAAAGUUGGGGUUCGCAAAGCCACAGGCGACAAACCGGAGAUGCUAGCUGCCGGGAGUGCCGACAACUGUGCCGUCCUCUUUCCAACAGAUGAGCGCUUCCUCUCCAAUGAUCAGAAGACGACCACUGAGGAUGAUUUUCUACCCCCGAUGCCGUCAUCAGCUACCCGCUCCGGCCUCCGUCGCACAUACUCCGGACGGGUAGAAGACACCAUUCCCAUCUACCAGUCCGGAACACCCCUUGUUGGAGGCCAUGUGAAAGAAGUCUCCGCCGUGUCAUGGACUGCCGAUGGAGAACUUGUUACCGUUAGCGACGACUACACCGCCCGAUGCUGGCGCGAAGGACCUGAAGCCCGAGACCUCAGAACCAGUGGAGAGGCAGAAGGAAAGAGAUGGCGCAGUGGCUGGGCAGAGACCCCAGACUCCUAUGAUGACGAAGAAGAAUGA